AUUUAUUUAACAUUUUCAAUAAUUACAAUGUCUCGUAUAUAUAAACCAUACGACUCGUAAUCAUUAAUUAAUUAUAUGCUUACGCACAGAGCGAAUAUUUUCUUAGCCAGGGCUUCAAUUACUUGAUCCUAAUAUAAAACUAUAAUAAAUAUUGAAGUAGUUAGUAGUAUUAAUUACCAUUGAAUAUUCAUAGCACAGAAAUUAGUGCAAAUUUAGCUAUAUUUACUAUUCAAGUGCUAUAAUUGUUAACUAUAGCAGGGUUGGAAAGCUCGAGUUCAUAAUCAAUAAUUGAUACAAUGAGUUCGGAGCGAUCUACCUUUGCCCAUAAAGAGUUUCAAUCUCUACAGCAUAAACAAAGACAUAAAUUAGGAAUGGGAAGAAAUGGUGUAAUACCUAUUAAUACCCUUGCAUCAGAUUCUAGUGAUAUUAAAUCAAAAUCAAAGUCACCUGUAAGGAUAACAAUUCCUACCACAAAUACCAAUAUCAUCACAAAUAAUGAUUUUUCUAAUCAUACAGCUGAAGCAAGACUACUAAGAGAAGAAUUAGAUUCUAUGGAUUCGAGUUCCUCAGUAAGAAAUCAACCUCAUACUUUGCAUUCAAAAAUUGAUAUACGAGAGAGAUAUCAUACGGUAUUUAAUGAUACUGUGGAUAUUCAUAAAGUUGAACUGGAUACUAUUAAACCUAAAUGUUCUAUUGAUUUAGAAUCUUUAAAGAUAAAUAAUAAUAGUCCUCUAGAAAAUGGUCAAAAUACCCUUCAAUUACAUAUUUCAUAUAAUGAUGAUUAUAUUUAUUUUACAAAUUUUAAUAAGAUAAUAGAUAAUUCAAUUAUCCCUAAGAAAGGUUAUUUAAAAUCAGCAAUAUUUUCUAAAUUAUCUAUUAUUUUUGAAAUGAAAGGGUUUAAAGGAUUUAUAGUUGCUAAACCUUUAAAUUCUCAUAUACCUCUUCGAGAAUAUUUUAGACAUUCUCUGGAGUGGGGGAUUGAUGUAAAUAUAUUAUCUCAGAAAAUGGUAGAUAAAAUCAUUGUUCAAUUAGCUCAAGCAUGUCAAUUUCCAGAUCUGACAUUAUUUAAAUCAACUACAAGAUUAGAUUCUCUUGCUGCUUCUGAAUUCUUUUCACCAAGAAGUACUCGAUCUAAAACAAGAGAUUUAGAAUUUAAUUUUCUUGGUAAAUCUAGUAAAGAUCCAAUUAAUAUUAUACCUGAUUCUCAAAAUUCUUUUAAUGGAUUAAAUAUUAAAGAUUCAAAUAGUACUACAGGGUAUAGAACUAGAAAUAGAAGAAUUAAUUAUGCUGAAAAUUUAGAUGAUGAAGUAUUGGUAAGAGAAACUCCAGCUCCAUUUUCACCAGAUUUGAAAUAUAAAUUUGCUCAUAAUAAGAUAGUUACAAUUACUUAUUCUGAUUUUAAGACAUUAUAUAAUAAUGAUUGGAUUAAUGAUUCAGUUAUAGAUUUCUUUAUUCAAUAUGAAAUUGAUAAGGCUAUUCAUCAAUAUAAAGUAUUAGGAUCUGAAGAAAUUUAUGCAUUGAAUUCAUUUUUCUUUACUAAAUUAAUGUCUAAAUCAGAUAGUGAAUCUACACCUAAUUAUUAUGCAAAUAUCAAAAGAUGGCUUAUAAAACUUGAUCUUAUGAAAUAUCCCUAUGUUAUUUUACCCAUUAAUGAAAAUGCUCAUUGGUAUUGUUGUAUAAUAAAGGGUUUACCACAAUUACUUGAACAAGGUUUAAAUGAAAAGGCUGCGAAGGAAAAGGCUGCGAAUGAAGAAGCAGAUAGGUUUACUUUUGAAAAUAAUUCUAACAAUACAACUACACCUGAAACUAUUACUGAGAUUGAUGAUGAAAUCAUCGAUAGCCCUGAAAAGGGAUCUUCAACAAGUCCUCCUUUAAAGAAACCAAGGCAUUAUCAAACAGAAAUAUUUGUGUUUGAUUCUCUUGCUCAAACUCAUUCUAAUAUAAAUGUACCUUUAAAAAGGUUCAUUAUUGAUUAUUGUAAGGACAAAUAUGAUAUUGACUUACAAAAGCAUCAAAUUAGAGUAUUUAAUGCAAGAGUUCCUAAACAAAGUAAUUUUAAUGAUUGUGGUAUUCAUGUUAUAUAUAAUUUUAAAAAAUGGCUUUAUAAUAUUGCUGAUUGUGAAAGAAUGUGGAGAGGUAGUUAUAAUAUGCAACAAGCUAGAAGUUUAUUUGUGGCAGAAGAAAGAGAUAGUACAAGGAAACAAUUAAUUGAUAUACUCUUAAAGUUACAUAAAGAACAAGAAUCAACUCAAUUCGAUAAUAGUCAUGUUGGUGAAUCAGAUGUUGCCGAAUCAGAAGAUGAUCUUGAAGUCAUUGAAUGUACUCCAGAAUCAGAAUCGAAAAAGGAAGUAAGUGAAAUAGAUCCUAAGUCUGAAAAGUCUGAACCACAACGUGAUAUUACUAAUGAAUCGGUGACUGAAAUUGACCAUGUUUCUGAACAGGUUCGUGAAAAUGAUACUACACAUAAUAAGUCUAAACAUCGAACUGAGCCUGAACUUGAACAUGAAAUUGGAGCCGUACCUGAACCUGAACCUGAUCCUGAAUCUGAACCUGAUCCUAAUCCUAAUCCUAAUCCUAAACCUGAAGUAGAAUCUGAAGUAGAGACUGAACGUGAAUCUGAAAGUCAGUUGAAAGGUUUAUCAGAAGAUGCUAAUACCACCAUAGAUUUAUCUCCUGUAUCAUACCCGAAAACAUUAGAUCCUCGAGCUCAAUUAGAUAAACUAUUUAUUAACAAGGCAUUAAAUCAAAGAUAUGAAGGAAAGCCUAUAAAUGAACAUGUGGUGACACUUUUAAAUGCAUUAUAUGAUAAGAAAAAUAUUGAACCUCAAGCAACAGAAUUAGAACUAAUAGCGAAUUUAAUUGAAGAAGUUCCGUCUUAUGAAUCUGAUAAAGACGAAGUUGUCUCUAAAAUAAGAGACUUUCAAACUCAACUAGAAGCAUUACCCAAACAAUCAGUUAAUUCUUUAAGACCAAGACAUCAAGAAUUUAGAAUCGAUCCAAAUGGGAUACCAUCUGAUUUAACUACUUCACAAUAUGAUUCAGAUGAAGUUAAUGAGAGUGUAUCGAGAUUACGAAUAUCACAAAUAACAAAGAGUCCAAAAUCUCCAAUAUCAAAAUCUCCUAGUAUACCAUUAAAUACAAAACUUUCUAGUCCAUCAACAAGAGCUAGUACAAUUCCUGGUGAACAAUACUUUAUUACAGAUAAUAGCGAUGUCAAAGUUAUACUGGAGGAUACAUUUAAGAAGAGUGAGACUUCACCAAUAAGAAGUCGACCAAAGAGACGAAGACUCCAGUAAUUGUAAUAACCUUAAUAAUUAGCAAUUAUCAAUUAGCAAUUAUCAUUAGCAUUACUGUAUAUAAACUACUGCAUAU